GUAUUGGAUGCAUCCAAUCACAUUCUACUUUCAUAUUCCAACUGUGAUUGGCUGCAAGAUCAGCCCACAUAGAAAUGGUGCUAAGGUUCCCAGAGAUGCCAUAUAGCAAAGCUAGUACUGGACGGAGGCAAGGCAUACAUGGGGAAAAUACUGUACACUGCAGCACAAGGGAUUCAUUUGGAAGAUUAAAUACAAUGUUGCUGUGCACUGAGAUGUUUUGCCUUUAGUGCAUCAGGGAGACCAUGGGACCCUCCAGCAUCUGCCUUGUGGCUCUGCUUUCCCUACUGAUCCCGGCUCACUCGGCCCCUGAUCCCACCCUGGACACUCACUGGCAGCUGUGGGUUAAAACUCACCAGAAGAGCUAUAAGGAUGGGGAAGAGGAACGUGCAAGACGGACCAUCUGGGAGGAGUCACUGAAAUUUAUCACCGCCCAUAACUUGGAAUAUUCCUUGGGACUCCACACUUAUGAGGUUGGGAUGAACCAUCUGGGAGAUAUGACAGGUGAGGAGGUGGCUGCAACAAUGACAGGUUACACCGGCUCAGACCAUUCAUUGGCCAGCAUGACUGAGGCACCAAAAGAGAUAAACGAAGCUCAGCCACCGGCAUCAAUAGACUGGAGAACCAAAGGCUGUGUCACCCCCGUGAAAAAUCAGGGAUCGUGCAAAUGUGACUACGCUUUUGCUGCCGUGGGGGCCAUGGAAUGCCAAUGGAAGAUAAAAACGGGCUCACUGUUGACAUUCAGCCCCCAAGAACUGGUGGAUUGUUCCUACACUGAAGGAAACAAUGGGUGUAACAACGGAUUUCUAUGGUCUUCCUUCACAUACAUGAAGAAAUAUGGUUUAAUGCAGGAACCUGCCUACCCAUAUGAAGGAAAGGAAGGAAAGUGCACAAAGAUGAAGCCAAGUAAUACUGGAGUAGUAAAGCAAUUUUACAGAAUACCUUCUGGAAAUGGAAAUGCUCUCAUGAAAGGUGUAGGAACAGUUGGACCCGUGUCUGCUUGGAUAGAUGCCAGUCAGCAAGGGUUCCGUAUGUACAAGUCAGGUGUUUAUUAUGAUCCACAUUGCACCAACAAUACAAACCAUGUUGUACUUAUCGUUGGAUAUGGUACAGCAAAGGGCACUAACUAUUGGCUGAUAAAAAACAGUUGGGGAAAAGGCUAUGGACACAAGGGAUACAUAAAAAUGACUCGAAAUUAUGACAAAGAUUGUGGCAUUACCCAGUACGCUUACUAUCCAACUGUGUGAGGCCUGGGCCUGUCAGACUGGAUGCGCCAAUGGCAUUUUAUCUGCGAGCUAAUAUUUCUGCUAAUUCUUAUAUGCCUGAAUUUAUUUCUGCUUAAUGGAAAAGGAAUGUAUAAAUCACUUGGGGUACCAAAUGUACGGCACUCUCCUGAUGCCCCAAGCUGGUGCUUUUAUUAGGUGGAAACUGCACUGGCUCAGGGUUCUUCUCAGCCAGCACCAUGGAGCGAUUGGCUUCCUAGUUCUGUUCGUGUUGUAGGGCAUGUACAAUAGAGUCUUUUUCACUCUACUGUGCGUACUUUGCUCUAAGCAUUGAACAAGGAAGAAGCAGGAGGAAGAUGAUCGCUCCAUGGUGCUCUCUCAGAAGAACUCAGGACCAGAGCAGUUUUCUGCUAACAGGAGCACUGGCCUGGGGUAUCAGGUAAGUGCUUACAAUUACCUGGGGGUGUCUGUGUACUUAAGACAUACAUGGUUACAUAGCAGCUGAGGUUGACAAAAAACCCAUCAUUUUUAUCAACCUAUGUUCAUAUAUAGCGCAUAUAUACAUAUAGACACGUAAAAAAAGGAGAAAGGCUAAUGUAAUGUGAAGUUCUGCUGUUCUAAAUAAAAUUGCAAGCAACGCAAAACAUUG